GCCACCGAGCUGCCGGGUGGGAGGGGCUGGCUCCGCCUGGGGCUGGGCCCAUAUUAGCCUGCACUCUGGCCUGGGGGCCGGAGGGACAGACCUGCUCACAGGAAGGCUGAAGAGGCAGCGGAGUGGCAGUGGAGCAGAAGGUGUGAGUAGGUUGAUGGCAGUGAGGACGGUUGGCCACAACCAGGCCACGAUGAACGGGCUGAGGGAAAAGGUGCUGACGCUGGACACCAUGAACGCCUGUGUGAAGCGGGUGGAGUAUGCCGUCCGAGGCCCCAUCGUGCUGCGCGCCCUGGAGCUGGAGCAGGAGCUGAGCCAGGGGGUGAAGAAGCCCUUCACGGAGGUCAUCCGCGCUAACAUCGGGGACGCACAUGCCAUGGGGCAGAAGCCCAUCACCUUCCUGCGCCAGGUCCUGGCCCUCUGCGUCCACCCGGAUCUCCAGAACAGCCCGGACUUCCCCGAAGAUGCCAAGAGAAAGGCGAGGAGCAUCCUACAGGCUUGCGGGGGCCACAGCCUAGGGGCUUACAGCAACAGCUCCGGCAUCCAGCCCAUCCGUGAGCACGUGGCGCAGUACAUCCAGCGGCGCGACGGCGGCAUCCCCGCGGACCCCAAUAACAUCUUCCUGUCCACGGGGGCCAGCGACGCCAUCGUGACGGUGCUGAAGCUGCUGGUGGCCGGCGAGGGCCGCUGCCGCACGGGCGUGCUCAUCCCCAUCCCGCAGUACCCGCUCUACUCGGCGGCGCUGGCCGAGCUGGACGCCGUGCAGGUGGACUAUUACCUGGACGAGGACCGCGCCUGGGCGCUGGACGUGGCCGAGCUGCGGCGCGCGCUGUGCCAGGCGCGGGGCCACUGCCUGCCCCGCGUGCUCUGCAUCAUCAACCCCGGCAACCCCACCGGCCAGGUGCAGACCCGCGAGUGCAUCGAGGCCGUGAUCCGCUUCGCCUUCGAGGAGCGGCUCUUCCUGAUGGCGGACGAGGUGCGGGCCGGGGCGCGGGGGCGGGGGGGCGGGCCAGCCCGGGCUCCCGCCCUGACGCCGGCGCCCGCCCGCCCGCAGGUGUACCAGGACAACGUGUACGCCGAGGGCUCGCAGUUCCACUCGUUCAAGAAAGUGCUCAUGGAGAUGGGGCCGCCCUACUCGACGCAGCAGGAGCUCGCCUCCUUCCACUCCAUCUCCAAGGGCUACAUGGGCGAGUGCGGGCUGCGCGGCGGCUACAUGGAGGUGGUGAACAUGGACCCCGCGGUGCAGCAGCAGAUGCAGAAGCUGGUGAGCGUGCGGCUGUGCCCGCCGCUGCCCGGCCAAGUGGCGCUGGACGUCGUCGUCAGCCCGCCCGAGCCCUCGGACCCCUCCUUCGCGCAGUUCCAGGCGGAGAAGCAGGAGGUUCUGGCCCAGCUGGCGGCCAAGGCCAAGCUGACCGAGCAGGUCUUCAACGAGGCUCCGGGCAUCCGCUGCAACCCGGUGCAGGGCGCCAUGUACUCCUUCCCGCGCAUCCAGCUGCCCCCGCGCGCCGUCCGCCGCGCCAAGGAGCUGGGUCAGGCCCCCGACAUGUUCUUCUGCCUGCGGCUGCUGGAGGAGACGGGCAUCUGCGUGGUGCCGGGCUGCGGCUUCGGGCAGCGCGAGGGCACCUACCACUUCCGGAUGACCAUCCUGCCAGCCGCGGAGAAACUGCGCCCCCUUCUGGAGAAGCUGAGCCAGUUCCACGCCAAGUUCACCCGCGAGUACUCCUGAGUCCUCCGGGGCCGCCUGAGGGCUGGGCGCCGCCUCCG